AUGUAUCGUCCUCGGAUGCGCGAACAGGUCGACGAAGACGCGGAAACGCAGGACCCAUUCAACUGCUUUGAAGAGUAAGUUAUUUUAUAAACACAUGCACCUGGUUUAAUGCAGACUCCCAGAAUUUUUGUCCGAAAUAAUUGUAGCUGUUUCUGUGUUUCAUAUUUACUAGUAACUUCAACGCGUUUUAUGAAGAGCAAACAUCCAACAGAAUUCAAAAUUGUCAGCUGUCUAUUACCAGUGGUAAGUACAUAUAAAGUUGAUUUGUUGUUGAUACUCUAUCACUUUUAAUAAUGGUUGUUUCCUUUAAUUUGUAGGGUCUCGGAGAAAUGAUGCGACACCGACACGAGACUCAUCUGGUGUGUCAGGUAUCUAUUUUUUAUAACAUUUAUUUUUCAAACAAUUCUAGCACUUGCUUUAUAUUCAGUAAAUUCAACUUGAAACAAAGUUUUAAGUUGAAAAAUUUAAAUAAAUUGAAUAAUUUCCGCAAUAUUUCAUCCUUCCUGAUCCUGACCCUGACCCCGACGUUGUGGUCCCGCCAAUCCGCCAUUAUCCUCAGUCCUUGCAAAACUAAAAUGGCUUCUAAGCUUGUGGCUAUUUUUAUCAUUAUAUGCACAAAACGAAGUUAUAAAUGCUUUAAAAUAAUGUUGUUAUCAUGUCCUAGUGUUGUGUUCAGGGAGUAUUCUUUCAUAAAUAAAAAUAAACUACUUUUAUUGCGUACUGCCUUCGACUUCUUGAUAUUUUAUUUGUUGUUUAUAGUGUGUAUGGCGACGUUUUAAAAUCUUUGUUGUUUGAUUUUAGGAAAUAAUAAUUCAGAGCGGCUAAUACUCGAUCUACAGAAAGAAGUGGCCACCGUCAAAAGAACGCUAAGUAGAAUGCAAGAUGUACAAGAAGAAAUCUUGGCAUGUGUCAAAAAAAUAAGAAGGGGAACAGAGGCAGAAAAGUUUGAUCUUUCAAACUGCUGCCACACUGUGAGUUUAGUAUUUUUAUUAUUUAUAUUAUUAAAGAGGCACGGGACAAUUGUAUACACACAGAGCUGUCAGAUAUUAUGCAUGGCAUUAUAUUUUGUAACUUACAUCAUAAUUUUCCAUAAAUUUUAUGACAUUUACGUCUUAAAAUAUUGUUUCAGGAAAACAUCACUCAGCUGCUGGGGAAAUACUAUACAUCGAAAGCACGAUUCCCAAUGGAUUUUCCAGAAAAACAGGUUAAUAAUAGCAUGUAUAUUUACAGACUAUUCGGUUAUUUAAAAAUAGUAAUAUAUGUAUCACAACAUAAAAAUAUUUUUAAUACUGGCUGAUAUAUAACAUUUUACCAUUGAUGUUGUUUAUAAUUUCUACCUAUUAUUGCUUACCUUUAGCAAGCUUUGAAGUUAGAGUUUAACAACUCUCCAACAGGCCUCUCUGUCGAAGAGCUUCUACUUCGUUUUAAGAAGUUUGAAAGUUCAAAGAUGUCGUAUUGGAGAAGCGAAGAAAGGAGAAGAGUAAGUAAUAUAUACUGUAAGAAAGACCUUUAUUAUUUGGCAUUUGCACUUAAUAUUGAAGCUGAUUGCAUGCAUUUAAACCAGAAUGAGACAUCAACUUCAAUGGCAGACUGA